CUGUCUUGAUGGGCGUAAUCUUACUCCAAUAAGAAUGGAGGGCCUAGUCUCAGGGAGCCAAUAGCAAAAAGCCAAGAGACGGUGGCGGCGGGCUGUGCGAGGAAACAAGAAGACAGGCACAAGAUGGAGGCGGUGGUGGUGGUAGCGGUGUGACAGGAGCUCUAUGGCACCUGCCCAGUCCUACCUCAGCCUAUCUUGACAAGACCUUAGGCUCCAUGGAACCACCACGAGGCCCUCCUGCUAGUGGGGCUGAGCCAUCUCGGGCAGUUGGCACUGUCAAAGUGUACCUGCCUAACAAGCAACGCACAGUGGUGACUGUCCGGGAUGGAAUGAGUGUCUAUGACUCUUUGGACAAGGCCCUCAAGGUGCGGGGUCUCAAUCAGGACUGCUGUGUGGUCUACAGACUCAUCAAAGGAAGAAAGACAGUCACUGCCUGGGACACAGCUAUUGCACCUUUGGAUGGUGAGGAGCUCAUUGUGGAGGUCUUAGAAGAUGUGCCACUGACCAUGCACAAUUUUGUACGGAAGACAUUCUUCAGCUUGGCCUUCUGUGACUUCUGCCUUAAGUUUCUGUUCCAUGGCUUUCGCUGCCAAACCUGUGGCUACAAGUUCCACCAGCAUUGUUCCUCCAAGGUCCCCACAGUCUGCGUUGACAUGAGUCCCAACCGCCGACAGUUCUACCAGAGCAUCCAGGAUUUGUCUGGAGUCUCCAGGCAGCAGGAGGUUUCCUCAAAUCCCUCUGUGAAUGAGCUACUAACGCCCCAGGGUCCCAGCCCCUGUAACCAGUGUACCCGGGACCCAGAACACUUCUCCUUCCCUGUCCCUGCCAAUCCCCCACUGCAGCGCAUCCGCUCCACAUCUACUCCUAACGUCCACAUGGUCAGCACCACGGCUCCCAUGGACUCCAGCCUCAUGCAGUUUACUGCUCAGAGCUUCAGCACUGAUGCUGCUGGUAGAGCUGGUAAUGGAGCCCCUCGGGGUAGCCCUAGCCCAGCCAGUGUGUCCUCAGGAAGGAAGUCCCCACAUUCCAAGUCACCUUCAGAGCAACGGGAGCGGAAGUGCUUGGCAGAUGAAAAGAAAAAAUUGAAGAACCUGGGUUACAGAGACUCAGGCUAUUACUGGGAAGUACCACCCAGUGAGGUACAACUGUUGAAGAGAAUCGGGACAGGCUCUUUUGGCACUGUGUUUCGGGGGCGUUGGCAUGGCGACGUUGCUGUGAAAGUGCUCAAGGUGGCCCAACCUACCGCUGAGCAGGCCCAGGCCUUCAAGAAUGAGAUGCAGGUGCUCAGGAAGACACGACAUGUCAACAUUUUGCUGUUCAUGGGUUUCAUGACUCGGCCCGGGUUUGCCAUCAUCACACAGUGGUGUGAGGGUUCCAGCCUCUACCACCACCUACAUGUGGCUGACACACGCUUUGACAUGGUCCAGCUCAUUGAUGUGGCCCGGCAGACUGCCCAGGGCAUGGACUACCUCCAUGCCAAGAACAUCAUUCACCGAGACCUCAAGUCCAACAAUAUCUUCCUCCACGAGGGGCUCACAGUCAAGAUUGGUGACUUCGGCCUGGCUACAGUAAAGACACGGUGGAGUGGGGCCCAGCCUUUAGAGCAGCCUUCAGGGUCUGUGCUAUGGAUGGCAGCUGAGGUGAUCCGAAUGCAGGACCCGAACCCCUACAGCUUCCAGUCGGAUGUCUAUGCCUAUGGUGUUGUGCUCUAUGAGCUUAUGACCGGCUCACUGCCCUACAGCCACAUUGGCAGCCGUGACCAGAUCAUCUUUAUGGUGGGCCGUGGCUAUCUGUCUCCGGACCUCAGCAAAAUCUUCAGUAAUUGUCCCAAGGCCAUGAGGCGCCUGCUGUCUGACUGCCUCAAGUUCCAGCGGGAGGAGCGGCCCCUAUUUCCCCAGAUCCUGGCCACGAUCGAGCUACUGCAGCGGUCACUCCCCAAGAUUGAAAGGAGUGCCUCCGAACCCUCCUUGCACCGAACCCAGGCUGAUGAGUUGCCUGCCUGCCUUCUCAGCGCAUCCCGCCUUGUGCCUUAGACCCCAGUCCCAGCCACUGGGGAGCCAAUUUCAGCCCUGCCAUACCAAGGCACACCUUCCUAUCAGCCAAUCAUUGUUCUGCCUCUGCCUUGAUACAUGCCUCAGGAUUCCCUAUCCCACACCCUGGGAAUUUGGGAACCCCCCCCAAAAAAAAACCCAAACAAACAAAAAAACUGAGCUCCCCUGCUUCCUCCAUAAUUUGGUUUCCUCUUAGCUUUGGAAAUAUUUCUCAUUUAGAGAGCUGUCUCAUCGCCAACGGCUGAAAUUCAGGGCAAGGCUUCCACUCAGAACCACUUUUAACUGAUGUGUCUUCACUGGAUUUUGGGGUUCCCAACACCCCAUGUGAAUUUUGGAGUUUCCCUUUGUCUCCCUCACUACUCAAGGACUCUCCUCUUUACCAAGAAGCACAGAAUUCUGCUGGG